AUGGGAAAGCCCCCUACGAGGAAGAGGGCUCAGAUCGGAUCAAAACUCAACGCGGACGGGCACGCGAAGCCCGGCAAGGCCACGACAAAGGCGGCCUUCGACGAGGAUGCCAGCAUUUUCACGGCCUUGUCCCAUGAGCUGAAGGAGGAGGGCAACAAGCUGUUCCAGAGGCGGGAUCACGAGGGGGCCCUGCUCAAGUACGAGAAGGCCCUCAAGCUUCUGUCCCCCAACCACGUGGACGUGGCCUACCUCCGCACCAACAUAGCCGCUUGCUACAUGCAGAUGGGCCUGGCCGAGUACCCCCGGGCCGUGAGCGAGUGCAGCCUGGCCCUUGAGAAGGCCCCCAAGUACAGCAAGGCCCUCAUGAGGCGGGCCCGCUGCUACUUGGCCCUGAACCAGCUCCAGCCAGCCUACAGGGAUGUCAACAGCGUGCUGGCCAUGGAGCCCAACAACAUGGUCGCCCUCGAGAUUGCCGAGCUCGUGAAGGAUGCCAUGGAGAAGAAUGGGAUCCGGGUCGAGGACAAGGAAAUCGACCUGCCCACGAAUCACGUGGAGCCGAACGCCCCCGUUCCUCUCAAGGUGGUCAAGGAGAAGGGGAAAAAGAGGAAGAACGCCAAGUCUGAUCGGAAAAGUGUGGGGGAGCCUGAGGAGAAGAGCGUGGAUGUAGACGAGGUAAAGAAGGCGGAGGAUAAGGCGGUGGUGGUGGAGAAAAUAAGUGUAAAGGAGGAAAAACCUGUCUUGAAGUCGGUCAAGUUGGUCCACGGAGAGGACAUUAGGUCGGCCCAGAUCCCUGUGAACUGCAGCGUGAGACUCGUGAGGGACAUUGUGGUGGAUAGAUUCCCGGGCCUGAAGGGCGUGCUCGUCAAGUACAAGGACCAGGAGGGGGAUCUGGUCACCAUCACCACCAAUAACGAGCUUAGGGUGGCCGAGGGUUUGGCUGGCAAUCAGGGUUUACUGAGGCUCUACAUUGCGGAGGUCAGUCCUGAUAAAGAACCAUUCUAUGAGGGGACCGGCCUUGAGGAGAAACCUCGGGAAGAGAAUGGGAAUGUUAAUAUGGAGAAUGGGUCGAGCUCGACCUGCGUUGAAGACUGGGUCGUUCAGUUCGCUAGGAUGUUCAAGAAUCACGUUGGAUUUGAGUCCGAUUCCUACCUGGACCUUCAUGAGAUUGGAAUGAAGUUAUACUCAGAGGCAAUGGAGGAGACCGUGACGAGCGAAGAUGCUCAGGAGCUGUUUGAUCUUGCGGCAGCCAGGUUCCAGGAAAUGACUGCUUUAGCGCUGUUCAACUGGGGGAAUGUCCACCUGUCCAAGGCAAGAAAACGGGCCGCUGUAUCGGAGGAUGCCUCCCCCGAGUCUGCAUUAGCUCUAGCGAAAGCUGCUUACGACUGGGCCCAGGUGGAGUACACUCGCGCGGGCUCGAGGUACGAGGAGGCCCUUACAGUGAAACCUAACUUUUACGAGGGGCUCAUCGCGCUCGGGCUUCAGCAGUUUGAGCAGGCGAAGCUGUCCUGGAGCUACAUGGUUGGGAGCAAGUCGGGGAUGGAGAUCGGGCCCUCUGCUCAGGUGCUGGAGCUGUAUAACAAAGCUGAGGACAGCAUGGAGAAGGGGAUGCAGGUGUGGGAGGAGAUGGAGGAACAGCGUCUGAACGGGCUCUCGAAGCACGAGAAGGAGAGGGGGGAGCUGCGCAAAUUUGGGCUGGAUGGGUUGUUUAGGGAUGUGCCAGCUGAGUGGGCCGCGAGCAUGAGUUGUCAGAUUUACUUCCUUUGGGGCUCAAUUCUGUAUGAGCGGUCGGUCGUGGAGUACAAGUUGAGCCUGCCGAGCUGGGAGGAGUGUUUGGAGGUUGCAAUUGAGAAAUUCGAGCUUGCGGGGGCCUCAUCAACAGAUAUUGCUGUUAUGAUCAAGAACCAUUGCUCGAAUGAGACUGCUUUAGAAGGAUUCAAAGUGGAUGAGAUAGUACAGGCAUGGAGCGAGAUGUAUGAUGCCGACAGGUGGCGAACUGGUGUGGCAUCUUCCCGCCUCGAGCCAUUGUUCAGAAGGCGUUCCCCAAAACUUCAUUCUGUUUUGGAACGUCUAGCUCAGUAG